AUGACUAUGCUAUCUUUGUUUUCUUUAAUUUUAAGAAUUGGAUUUAUCUUACCCAUAGUGUCGCAGCCUUUGUCAAUGGGAAGUUUAAUUUUGAUUAAUAGGUUUAUAAUUAGGAUCUGUGUUUUUUUCGAGAGGGGGAGUUGGUUUGGAUUUAUUUUAUUUUUAAUUUAUAUUGGAGGACUAUUAGUAAUAUUUGCCUAUGUCACAGCAUUAACUCCUAACUUAGUAUUUAAGAAAGGAAGUUUAAAGUUUGGGUUUUUUUUGAUAUAUUUUUUUUGAGUUAGUUUAUUCUUAUGUAGUAGUGUUGUUGGGAUCCCUGGGGAAGUAGAAAGACUUUCACUUCUAUGGGAAGGAGGAUAUCAUAAGCAAGGGAUAUCCUUAUUCUCUUUUUUUGGGGGAAUGACUGCAAGGGGGUUAGUUCUUAUUCUGUUGUUUAUUUUGCUAUGUGUAGUUAAAGUUUGCUAUAAAAGCAAGGGAGCCUUACGUCCUUAUAAGUAA